GCAACAUUUCAGUUCGUCUCGUCAAUAAUUUCAGUUUUAUUCUUAAGUUUCACCGCAUUUUCAUCGCGAAAUAUUUUUUAAAAAUAGUCUAACGCGUCCUUUCCGUACUGCACAGGCAUUUUUGCGAGCAUUUUCACUUGUUAAUUAUUUAUAUCAUUUUCGCAAACUCAUUUUUAUCAACAAAGAGAGUGAGAGAGGACUUUGACCCCGACACUAAAUAAUCACAACAUUAAAAAAUCAUCAGUUAAUUCAGUUCAUCAUGUUGAAGGUGUCAAAAAGUUUCCAUCCAAAGCUCUUGGUACGCCACAAAACGACGCUCACCGACGAGCAAUACCAAUAUUUGCAACGUAGCAUCCUGCCAUCGUACUACUUUCAAAAAUCUCUGCCACGUCUACCGAUUCCAACUUUAGAAAAUACUUGUAAUCGGUAUUUGGCAGCACAAAGACCGCUUCUCGACAAUGAAGCAUAUGCCAAAACUGAGGGUUUUGUCAAUGAUUUCCGCAAAAACCAAGGCCCAAAGUUGCAAGAACUGCUAAUCGCUCACGAUAAAGCGAAUAAACACACAAGUUACAUCUCCGAACCAUGGUUCGACAUGUAUCUUCGCGAUCGGGCGCCAUUACCUGUGAAUUAUAACCCACUUUUAAUUAUGAAACCCGAUACCAAGCCCGAAAUGAACGAACCAACUGUACGAACAAGCAACUUGAUCAUCAGUUCUUUACGUUUCAUGAAUUCCCUGCGGAAAGGAAUUCUAAAACCUGAGAUUUUUCAUAUGGAUCCUUCUAAGUCAGAUACUGAGAGAUUUGCGCGAAUCAUGAAAAUGGUUCCUACCAUCGUCGCCACUUAUGUUGCUUAUACUUUUAAAGCUUAUCCGCUGGAUAUGAGUCAAUAUGAAGGACUUUUUGCAGCAACUAGAAUUCCUGAACCUGAUAAAGAUAGGAUCUUCAGGGCUGCCAAUCCGAAACACAUUGUGAUAUUUAACAAAGGAAACGCCUUUACGAUGGAUGUCCUUGACGAACAUGGCAAUAUUGAGUCACCAAGUGUGAUUAUGGGACGUGUUAAACACGUUUUUAACUUAGCCCAAGGUUCAAAACCGAAUGAGUUUCCAGUUGGAGCUAUGACGACAGAAAAUCGUAAUACUUGGGCUUCAAUUCGUAAACACAUCAUGAAGAUCGGGAACGGAAACUCUUUGAGGUUAAUCGAUUCCGCGUUAUUUGCCAUAUCUUUAGAUGAAGAAACCUUUGACGAAUCCCAACCAAUCCCGAUGAUCAAGAACAUGCUAUAUGAGAACGGGACCAAUCGCUGGUACGACAAAAGCUUUUCCCUAAUUGUGGCGAAAGAUGGCACCACAGGUCUCAACUUUGAACAUUCGUGGGGAGAUGGCGUUGCAGUUUUGCGUUAUUUUAACGAAAUUUACAAAGAAACCACGGAGAAGCCCUUCGUGACCCCCAACACAGAUACGAGAGUUAAUGAUGACUUGGACAAAGCUGUUCAUCGUGUGGAUUUCGAGCUUGAUGAAAAAGCGCGGGAAAGUAUCAAAGAAGCUCUAAAAAGCCACAAAUCAAUUUGUGACUCUUUAGAUUUAAAUUUCCUCAAAUAUCCUGGAAUUAACAAAGACGAAUGUAAACGUCGCAAAGCUUCUCCUGAUUCAGUGAUGCAAUUAGCCUUCCAGCUCGCGUUUUAUAAGCAAAAUCAGAAAUUCGUGGCGACUUACGAGUCGUGUAGUACGUCAGCUUUUCGACAUGGCAGAACAGAAACGAUGCGUCCUUGCACCAAUGAAACAAAAAAAUUUGUCGAAACUCUAAUGAAAGAUAAAAACGCUUCCAAACAAGAACUUAGGGCUUUACUUGACGCUUGCAGUACCAAACAUUUCCAAUUGACAAAAGAAGCGGCGAUGGGACAAGGUUUCGAUCGUCACUUGUUUGGAUUGCGCCACACUGCGGACAAAAAUGGCAUCGCCUAUCCAGGAAUUUUUACGGAUCCAGCUUAUGCGCAAAUUAAUCACAAUAUUCUCUCGACAAGUACUUUGAAUUCGCCAGCAAUUGUCGCGGGAGGCUUUGGACCGGUUGUGAAAGAUGGAUAUGGCAUCGGUUAUAGCAUUCAUAAUGACUUUAGUGGAUGUGUUGUGUCGAGUUACAAAAAUACGAGAAAUGGCGGAGAUUUCUUGGGAUGCAUCGAAAGUGCUUUUAAGGAUAUUGAACAAGUUUUGCAAGCCAAAAAGACGGAAGGGAAGUGAUAAUUUCGAAAAAUUGCAUUUUUUGAUAGAUAACAAGAGCAAAAGUUUAUGAAUUUAAUUUUUUUUUCAGUCGUUAAUAAAAUAUUUUAUGCAUUUU